AGUUCCAAAGAAGAAAAAAGAGAGAAAAAUAUAUAUACUUAUAACCCAAUUCCUCCAGAUUCCGCCAGCUUUUGAUGACUCUACAAUCAGGCACCUCCUUUCUAUCAACAAGUGAAGAAGCCCCCCUUCUUUUUUUCUCUUUUCCUGUUCAUCAGAUUCUUUGGCGAAGUUGGCAGGAGGGGUGAUUUGAGCUUUCGAUUGGAAUUUUGGUUAGCGAUUUCAUUUUCAUAAGCAGAUUUUAAAUACAAUGGGGAAGAAAAAAACAGAUGAGGCUGGUGUAAGUGGGAAGAGUAAGGGAAGCAGCAAAGAUAGUUCCAAGGAAGGGAAAAAGGAUAAGCUUUCUGUCUCUGCCAUGCUUGCCGGCAUGGACCAGAAACCUGAGAAGCCCAACAAAGGUACUGGUGCUAGUAAGGCCAAGCCUAAAGCAGCUCCAAAAACAUCAGGUUACACUGAUGGUAUUGAUCUUCCUCCCUCUGAUGAUGAGGAAGAUGAGCAUCUCCUUGAAGAAGAGGAAGACCAGAGAAGGCAUAGAAGGAAUGAAGCAGGUCCAAUCGAUACUUCCAUAAGUUAUAAAGAGCUAAAGAAACGAGAAAAGAAGGACAUGCUUGCUGUUCAGGCAGCUGAGAUGGCCAAAAAGGAGGCCCUUAGGGAUGAUCAUGAUGCUUUUACUGUUGUUAUUGGUAGCAGGACAUCUGUCCUUGAAGGUCAAGAUGAUGCUGAUGCAAAUGUCAAGGAUAUAACUAUAGAGAAUUUCUCUGUAGCUGCUCGUGGGAAAGAACUUCUAAAGAACACAUCAGUUAAGAUUUCUCAUGGGAAGAGAUAUGGUUUAGUUGGUCCUAAUGGAAUGGGAAAGUCCACCCUACUAAAGCUCCUCGCUUGGAGGAAGAUCCCUGUACCAAAGAACAUUGAUGUACUUUUGGUUGAACAGGAAGUAGUUGGUGAUGAUAAGUCUGCCCUUGAAGCUGUUGUUUCAGCUAACGAGGAACUCAUCAAACUCCGGGAAGAGGCUGCAUCUUUACAGAAUGCUGCUGCAUCUGUUGGUGAGAAUGAAGAUGAUGCUGAUGGGGAUGACCUUGUAGAGAAACUUUCUGAGCUGUAUGAAAAGCUGCAGCUGAUGGGAUCAGAUGCUGCUGAGGCCCAAGCAUCGAAAAUUCUUGCUGGACUGGGUUUUACCAAGGAAAUGCAGAGUCGUGCUACCCGGUCCUUUAGUGGUGGUUGGAGGAUGAGAAUUUCUCUAGCACGGGCUCUUUUUGUUCAGCCUACUCUAUUGCUGUUGGAUGAACCUACUAAUCAUCUUGACCUUCGGGCUGUUCUAUGGUUAGAGGAGUACCUGUGCAGAUGGAAGAAAACUCUGGUGGUUGUUUCACACGAUCGAGACUUUCUCAACACUGUUUGCGGUGAGGUUAUUCAUCUCCAUGACAUGAAACUGCACUUCUAUCGGGGUAACUUUGAUGAUUUUGAAAGUGGAUACGAACAACGGCGCAAAGAGAUGAACAAGAAGUUUGAGAUUUAUGAUAAGCAGUUAAAAGCUGCCAAGAGAUCUGGAAAUCGAGCACAACAGGAGAAGGUAAAAGACCGAGCCAAAUUUGUAGCUGCCAAAGAAUCAAAGAAAAAGAGCAAGGAUAGGGUUGUUGAAGAUGAAACUCCACCUGAAGCCCCUCAGAAGUGGAGGGACUACACCGUGGAGUUCCACUUCCCUGAGCCUACUGAACUGACGCCUCCACUUCUGCAGCUAAUUGAGGUCAGCUUCAGUUACCCUAAUCGACCAGACUUCAGGCUGUCUAAUGUUGAUGUUGGAAUUGAUAUGGGGACUCGAGUUGCUAUUGUUGGGCCCAAUGGAGCAGGCAAAUCAACCUUGCUUAACCUCUUGGCAGGUGAUUUAGUUCCUUCGGAAGGUGAAGUCCGCAGGAGUCAAAAGUUGAGGAUUGGACGUUACUCGCAGCAUUUUGUUGAUCUUCUCACAAUGGAUGAAACACCUGUCCAGUACCUGCUUCGUCUUCACCCAGAUCAGUCAGGACCUAGUAAGCAAGAAGCUGUUCGUGCAAAGCUAGGAAAAUUUGGACUUCCCAGCCAUAACCAUCUUACCCCUAUUUUAAAGCUGUCCGGAGGACAAAAGGCUAGAGUUGUGUUUGCAUCUAUUUCCAUGUCGAAGCCUCACAUUUUGCUAUUAGAUGAGCCAACAAACCAUUUGGAUAUGCAGAGUAUCGAUGCUUUGGCAGAUGCCCUUGAUGAAUUCACUGGUGGAGUUGUGUUAGUCAGUCACGACUCGAGGCUCAUAUCCAGAGUUUGUGAUGAUGAAGAAAGAAGUGAAAUUUGGAUAGUUGAGAAUGGAACUGUUGAAAAGUUCCCUGAUACAUUUGAUGAGUACAAGGCAGAACUUGUAAGGGAAAUCAGGGAAGAGGUUGAUGAUUGAUGUUGCCACCAGCUUUAUUCUAUUGAGUUUUUGGUUCUUCAUUUUUUUUGAACCCGUUUCUUUUCGGCUUCAUAUUGAGGGAGUGUAAUCUUCUGUUGCGGAUAUAAAAGAACAUAGUGACAUAAGUUAAUAUGUAUUGUGCCAUAUUCUAUCGAUUUCUUGUUAUGGUUUGCCUCAGAGGCAAUAAUGAAAGAAACAUUGAUUUUUGUUUCUCAUUCAA